UACAGGUAUAUAUUGGAGGCCUAUUUGAUUGGCUAACUCCUAUCUAGAGCGGCAGGGAAACAAUUGAGACAUUGUAUUGGUUGAAUAAAUCCUCUGUGGGCGUUGUCAUACUGUACUACCCGGCGUGCUGCUGUCACAGCUGCAACUGUAGCAACGUGUGAAGUUGUAUUUUCCCGAGCAAUCAACUUCACAGAGUUCUUAUGGAUUUCUUUGCUGAACCUAACGGCAGACACCAGGCCGUGGCCCCACCAUGCAUGUGAGACAUGACCAACAAGGCAGCCUGGGAUAGCUCGAGCAGCCCCCCGAGCAGCAUGGAGCCUAUAGGCAGCUGCGCCCCCUUGGCCUCAGAGUCGGACAUCUACCGCAGUGUCCAGGCCGUGCUCAGGGAGCUGGAGAGCCAACACCCCUCCUCUGUGCUCAAUAAAGGGAUGCUAAGAUGGACGUUGCACAAGAAGGUUCGGAACAAUCCUGCCAACAGUCUCAUUCUGGUGAGAGUCAUCGUCAAGGAGCUGGAAAGGGCUGAGAGGGUAGACUGUCGGACACACAUCAUCCCCCUGCUCCACACACUCAUCUAUGCUGUCAUCCAGUCAGCCUAUGUUCCUGACGACCUGUACAAGCGGGUGUACGACUUCUGUAAGAGGCUGCUUACCCUCCCCCAGCCCUACUGUACUGUAGGCCUCAGCUACACCAGACGCAUGAAGACAGAACGCUACACACCAGGAGUGCUGUAUCAGAGGAUGGUGGUCGCAGAGCAGAGCCUGAAGAAUGACUACCAUCCCUUUCAGGAGAGGGUGUUUGUGUUUGCCGAUCCGGCGGUCUUCUCCGGCCCCCACGGUGAGGCGCUGAGGGGGGACAUCGAGGCCUCGGGGUCAGGGGGGUAUCUGAAUCCCCUUGACCACAUGCGGAGCGUGGUCCAACACUCCAUCCAGGCUGCUCUCGGAGGGGAGCUGUGUCACAGUCCUAAACUGGCACAGGCACUGAAGGAAAUUGGCCAGGACGUGGAGCCGUACUUCCAGGAAGUUGUGGCCAGUCUGGAGCAGAGUGUGGAGGAGGGCAGUAAGGGGGAAGGGGUGGUGCUGAGGGGGAGACUGGGACAACUCUACAGAGAGAUCCUCACGGAUACUGACACAUCAGACACAUUAUCCUCCGGUGGUGGGGGAUGCCUGUGUGACAUGCCGCUUCCCAAUCCGGAGAUAAGCUUCCACCUGUGGAGGGAGGAUGAGGAGAUCUGGCGCGAGCUGGCCAAGUGCGUGCGCUCCAGCUCCAUGUCGUCGGAACACUUCUGCCUCAGCCAGGACCAGGAGACCGACUUUGACCUCGCCGACCUCCCUGCCGACCUCACUUCCUCCUCCGCCAUGCCCCGCCACUCCGUGAUGUCCAACGACAGCGGCAUCGAGAGGGACCUUCCCCCUGGGGUUGAGCCUUCAGUGGUGGAACCCUCUGGUGGCUCGGAGGAGGGGGAGGCCAGGUUAACCCGACGAGGAGGCAUCAAGAUGAGGCCGUCAGUCACGGACAAUAUGGCCCUGAUGCAGGACGCUCUGGAGGAGAGUGGGAGUGUGGCCGGGGGAGGGGGGACACUUCAUAGGAAGGCGGGGUGCAGCGGGACCCCCUCAUUCUCCAAGCAGCAGAGGCACUUCACGGCCCGGAUCGUGGUGAUGGGGGACGACAGGGUGCUGGGGAAGCUGGCUAAGGCCUUCUACUUUCUCCGGAAAAGGGAAGCGCGUCGUCUCUUUCUGACCAUGAAAGUCAACUUCCAGUUUUACUACAUCCCUGUCUGUGAGGAUCCCAGUCCCACCUGUCCUGUCAGAGAAAACCUCUCCCCAACCCGGGAAAACCCCUGUGCCCUGGGUUCCUACUUGGGAAUGGUAGAUCCAUGGUACGACUGCAACAUCAACAGUCUGGGUUCCAUGAUCCCCAAGCUGGCCAAAAUGCAGUCCAACAGCAGCAAGCAGGCAGAGCCUAACCCCUUCCUGUCUGAUGUCAUUUCCUACUAUGUGCGGACCGGACUGCAGCCUGUUUACUUCACCAUCUAUUCUGUCAAGAUCUGCUUCCCCAACCUGACCAAGGACCCAGUGGAGGACGUGUUUCUCUCCCACUUAGAGCUGGACUUCCCCGAGUUCAAACAGUCCCCAACUACUUUGAAAGCCACGACCAUCAAGCAGAAGAAGAACACAGGAGACGUAUGUGGUGCCGUCGUCUCUGUCAACUACAAAAAGGUGUCGUUGAGUGGUAGAGACGUAGACAAGGGUAUGUCAGUGAGGACCUCAGGUGUUCAGAUUAGUGCCAUUCCCUCCAAUGAAACUGAAGAUCUGAACUGUCUUACAGUCGCUUUCAACGAAACUAAACCCAAGAACACCAUGGAGGCCAAGAUCCGUACCUGUAACAUUAAGAUCAGGACCCUGGAGAUGAAAACCUUCACUGUGACCCUGGACAAAGACUCUAGGAGGACCUUCCGAGACGUACUGAGCAUAGAGAUCGCCCCCUGUCUUGAUCCUGGAUACUGUGUCCAGAAGACCAUGCGGUCCAAGUUCAGUUUGGGGGAAGAGGAGAGGGACGCUGGCCUCAGCAAGUACAUGAACAAAGGACUUCCUCUACCAAUCAAUACCUUCGCUGGUAUCAUCAACUGACUGAUCCCACAACCAUCUGGAUGGACUCUACUGUAGAGAGGCUGAAAUGUUGAGACCAUCCACCAUCCAUUGUAUGACGAUCAGGGAUGUGCCCAGCACUCACAACAGUGCCUCAGUGUGCAAUGAGGGGAUGUGGAAAGAGAACCUGGGUGGCAGCUAAGGGUAUCCCGCGGUUAUUUACCUGGUGUAACCUUGACAAGAAAACUAGUUGAGUUUGACAAAUGUUAGAUUUGUCAACAAACAAAUUCAUUUGCCAUGGGUAUUGGAUCUCGUUCCAGUUUCUGCUUGUGACAGUUUUAUCAUAUACUGUUCCCAUAGGCAUAUCUCUGACUGACAGCAUAGUCAAAGAACAAUAUUGCCUCUAAAAUUGAGAAUUUUAUGAGCGUGUAUGAGGCAUGAGAGUGAAGCUCAGUUGGUAUUUGCUCCUAUAUAGGCUUUAGCUCAGAGGACUAACAUAAACUUGACAACCAGGGUUCAAAAUCUGGUCCUUCAGAAGAGUAGCCAACCCUCCCAAUCAUCUAACCUAAGGGAUGAUUCAUCCAUCCCUUGACGUCAGGGUUGGGGCAAAUUCCAUUUCAAUUCAGUAAAGUUACGGAGUAAACUGAAAUUCCCAUAGGGAUUGACUGAAUUUAAAUGGAAUUGACCCCAACCCUGCUUGCCAUGUAAACACACUACCUGCUGCUCUUUGAGUUCUGACACUGAAUAACCCUGGUAGGGUCAUUUUCAUUACUAAGCUUGGCAGAAGAACAACUUAAAGAUAGUUUGAUGUCUUGUUGAACUAACAACAGAAGCUCUUUGAAGCAGUCACUUCAUUUUAUUAGCCAGUUCUUUAAAAAAACAGGUUCCAUAUAAAGGUGCACAUGGCUCUCUAAGCUCAUCUAAGUUCUUGCGAGUUAGCAAUAAAGGUUUGAAUGCACUGUGCACAAGCCUUCAUUAAAAACAUGACACAAAAGAACAAGAACAGGCACCUAUUUUAAGAUCGCUAAAGAACCUGUUGCAUGACAGGAAAACGACUGGGGGGGGGGGGGGGGGGGGGGGGGGGUAAUUAUCUGGUGGCUUACUGCUUAUGACUUUGUUCUGUAUGCUAUACUAACAAGUGGUGCAAAACCCAGUGUGGUUGACUAUGACCAUGCUAGGAGGUCUAUGCUAAAAAUGAAAGUUAAACUCUGAGCCCUUCGCUUGUUUCAAACUAAUUUAUCACGCCUAACUCGAAGGUGAUGGAACACAGCCACCGCUGUAAGGUGUUGGCUGGUUUACAAUAAAUCAUGAGGUGAUGGGGACCAGUUAUCAUAUAUGCACCCAUAAAAAGUAUGUAGAUGACAAAAAAGAGACAGACAUACAGACAGAGAGAGAGAGAGAGAGAGAGAGAGAGAGAGAAAGACACUGACUGACUGAAUGACUGAGAGGCCACAUCUAUAAAAGCCACUGUCGUAAUACCAUUGAAAGACACGAGGGUCUUAAAGAGCUCUGAUCGCCAGCUGGUAUGUUUGUAAUGCAUCAUCAAUCACCAAUAGACCUUUUUGCACACUUGUCUAUUUUUUUUAAUGUUAUGUAUGUAAGACUAAUCAUUGGAGUAUGGUAUCAUUGCCAUUACUUGUUUAAUAGCAGUGUAAAUACUAAUGUAUUUUAUAUAAUUACUGUAUAUUUUAUAUAAAAAAGAGAUGUUUGACUUUUUCUGAAA